AUAAAAUAGAAAUUGACCGAAACUUUCUGAGAUCGCACCCAAAUUCAUUUCAAUUCCUUCGAUCCCACACGACUGCACAACACAUACAAAAAAGCCUUCGCGGAAACACAAAUUCAGAUCUUUCCUAGUGGAAUUUCCCACAAAAACUCGCAGCAGAAAAUUGAAUUACCAGAUAAUGUGUGAAGCCCAUAUAUAAUCGAAGGAAGCACGUGAAAGAAUGUACAGAUAGUAUAAUUAAUUUCACAGUUUAACCAGGAUCCAAAGUCAGAUGCUGUGAAACUGAUUUUUCAAGCUGGACAUUGGAUCACGACAGGCUACACAUUUUCAUCAAGUUCCUGUAUUAUAUAGCUCUUGUUUUAUGUUUUAGGCAUUUACGCAGGGAAGUUCUUUAAAGCACUGUACCUCGUUUUAGUCGCCUGAAUAAGUGAUGCAUAUAAUUUGAAUUCUAAUUUCAUGGAUCUUGGUUUGCUGUGAUUUGUGAAUCUGUAGAGUUGAAAACAACAAAAGGAUACUUUGCCAUAAGGCAACAGAUAAGAAAGAAAAAAUAAAAAAGAAAGGGAAAAUGGAGAUGCGAAUUAUCAUUCAAUCAAAAAAGUUGUACUUCUUAAUCGUUGGUCAUUACUUCAAAUAAUUUAAUUUUCGAAUGAUAUUUUGUUGGGGCUUUGGAUGAGCAAUUUUACCCUAAAUCUUUUAACUUUGUAACUGUCAAUUCUCUCUCUCUCUCUAUUAAAUUUUUCUUGUAACAUAAAUUUGGGAGUUACAUAUGAAAUUGCUGGGCGACAUCCAUAUGAUGUUGUUUUAACGAAUUUGUAGUGGUUAUUUGAUUUUUAAUGUCAUGGACAUAUAUUUUGCUACAGUUUUACUGCUGUGGGUGUUAGGCAUAUGCUUGAUAAUUCAAGUACCUUGUCUCCAUCUAUGUUUGGAGGUCUUAUAUCUGUUUCUAGCAACAGUCCGCAUUUACGGAAGUCUGGAAGCCGACUUCUUGUUUCUGAUCUUGCUACAGGUGAGCAAGGAAAUAGUGCUGAAGAAGAUAUCUGGCAUUCCAUAGAAUCAAAUAAAAUGAAGAGUGUGGGCACACCAUUGAGCAGCGUGGUGAUUACACCGUCUCCUGUACUUCUGUGGAGAUUCAAGGUAUUACUGUUUCUCAUCUGGGGAUUUAGUUGUUGUAAGUUUGGAUGGGAUGCAGUCAUGAGAAUGAGUGCAGACCUGCGGGAUUUAUUUUUGUACGAGGCUUUCUUGUACUAUAAUCCACUUCUUCUUGUGACCAUGAUGGUUUGGCUCUGGGGAAUCAAUUUAUGGUUCUUUGCUCAGGCUAAUGUAGGUUAUGGAAAAAUUUUUGACCUAGAUCAAAGUCAUCUCACUCAUAUAGAAAUUUGGAAGUGUGCCACCUGGAUGACGAUCAUUGUCCCAACUAGUAUGACGGCAUAUCUUUAUCUUUAUUCAAAUGGAGAAGUUUUGUUGGCUGCAUCCCAACCAGUGUUCUUAUAUGCUGCUGUGGCAAUGCUUCUCAUUUUUCCCUUCGAUAUUUUCCAUUUGUCAUCUCGCUACUUUUUGCUGAGGACUUUAUGGCGGAUAGUUUUUCCAUUACAGGCAAUAAUGUUUGCGGACUUCUUUUUGGCUGAUAUAUUGACCUCUAUGUCAAAGGUUUUCUCAGAUUUGGAGCGUUCAGUUUGUCGAAUGAUCCAUCAUCAGGUUGCUACCAUUGCAUGGUUUGAAGCCGAUUCUGUAUGUGGAAGUCACUCUGUUGCGAUCCCUAUAGUUCUAGUUUUGCCUUAUAUAUUUCGUUUAUUUCAAUGCCUUCGGCAGUACAAGGAUACUAGAGAAAGGACAACUCUAUUAAAUGCUUUAAAGUAUUCCACGGCUGUACCAGUUAUUUUUCUUUCAGCCCUCAAGUAUCAUGUCAUCCCUGACAAGUGGUUGAAUGUCUAUCGGCCUCUGUGGCUUCUCUCAAGUGUUUUGAAUUCUUUAUAUUCAUUCUACUGGGACGUGAACCGAGAUUGGGAUUUGAGUUGCUUCACUCGGAUUUUCAAGUUCAGCAAACCAAGUUUCUUGUCCCACGCAUUAUAUGGAAGGAAAUGGGUUUUUCUUUGGGUAAUCGGAAGCAAUCUCAUUUUGCGGUGCACAUGGACAUACAAGCUGUCGGCCCAUCUUCGCCACAAUUACCUAACCGUAUUUACCAUAACUGUCCUAGAGAUGCUUCGUCGCUUCCAAUGGGUAUUUUUUCGAGUAGAAAACGAGUGGAAUAAGAUUAAUUCCAAAUCGAAUAUUCAACUGUCCAUGACUGACACGUCGAACGAGGAAGACAAAUUACUUAGUUCCAAUGAUCACAAUGUAUAGAUUACUACACACUAGUAGGAAGCAUCCACAUUAGGCUAAAAGACUGUCGACCAUCCAUCCCUUAUUUAUUAUCAUCAAGAAAACGCUGUUCUUGUUA